UUGGGUUUCCGCCGCGGCAAUCGUAUCGAUAGACGGUUGCUCGAUCCUCGAGCCUCUGAAAGGCGGGUGGCUGCGGGGGUGGUGGAAGGCGAGACAAAGAACGAAAGUGAAACGACGAGAAAGAUGCAAUCGUAACGAACUACGUAUAAAGAAGGCCCGAUAGUCAGGCAUGCGACAUUUUUUCAUUGUUCACCGACAAACGAUCACCGAAACCGGAACAGACCAUGGUAUCGCGCCACGUUUCCGCCACGUUUCUCGCCUCUCUCGUAUUUUCCGCCGCCUUUGUCAAUUGCGCCUCCAAGGAAUAUAAUAAUUUCGCUGAUGUCCCUUGCGGCCAAAGAAAUAUCGGCAUACGCACGGCGAAACUAGUCGGGGGACAAAACGCGAUACCACACGAGUUUCCUUGGAUGGUGAGCAUCAGCAGAAAAGGAGGACACUUCUGCGGUGGUACCAUACUUAACUCGAAAUACGUCUUGACUGCGGCCCAUUGCCUAUGUUCAUCCACUUCUGUAAUUCCAACCAAUCAAUUACGGAUCAGCCUUGGCGAGUAUAAUUUAAAAGGACCGGAAAUUCCAGCAUCAAAAGAAGAAAGAGUGGUGAACGCUAUUCUACAUCCUGGUCAUAAGUGCGGAAAAUACGCGGACGAUAUCGCCAUUCUAGAACUUGCAAGGCCGAUCAUUUGGUCGGAGAGUGUGAAACCUGCUUGUUUACCUGUGGCCACAGGAAAACCAGGAUACAGUACCUUCAACGGAGAACUCGCCAAGGCCGCUGGAUGGGGGUGGUUCGGCGAAGACAGAUCCAAAUAUAAACGAGCAGAUGUAUUACAAAAAGUGGAAGUUCGCGUGAUCGAGAACAAUAUAUGUCGUGAAUGGUAUGCUAGUCAAGGAAAGUCAACCCGUGUAGAAUCAAAGCAAAUGUGUGCCGGCCACGAAGAAGGUGGUCGCGAUUCUUGUUGGGGUGAUAGUGGUGGACCACUGAUGAUCACAAGUCAUCUUAAUGGUAAUGUAAUGGUUGUAGGAAUAGUUUCAUCCGGAGUAGGAUGUGCACGGCCACGACUUCCAGGCGUGUAUACUCGAGUUUCAGAAUAUAUAUCUUGGAUUACGCAACAUAUCCUAUGA